UUUCCGCGCACCCCGCCAAUAGCAAUCUUAAUCGCAAUCUAGUUGUCCACCGUUUUAAGAUUCAGCAAAAGCAGGAAAAAGGUUUCAUAAUCCACAUUCCAAACGACGCCGUAUCCACAAUCCUCUUCUUUUUUCCUUCUUCUAUAAGAACAACUUGGAAUUUUUAUUCAAACUAUUCUGAAUCUCACAAUCCUCUUAUUCCUCACACCAACGCACUAUACUACUUUAUAAUAUACAUUCAAUUCAAUUUCAUUUUCUAAAGAAUGGGGAUGAUAGUUGAAGUUGAAAACGUUGAUGAAGACGACGACGUUUUGACUCCACCGCUGAAUUUCUCCAUGGUGGAAGAUUCCAUUUACCGAUCCAGUCUUCCUAAACCCUCCAAUUUUUCAUUCCUCCAAACCCUAAACCUUCGUUCCGUCAUAUACUUGUGUCCUGAACCCUAUCCUGAAGAGAAUUUGGAGUUUCUGAAGUCACAGAAUAUUCGCCUCUUUCAAUUUGGAAUUGAGGGGAAAACGGAAGUUUCCUUACCUGUCCUCAAGGAUUCUAUCAUGGAGGCUUUGAAAGUUUUAAUUGAUGUUAGAAAUCACCCUGUUUUGAUUCAUUGCAAACGAGGAAAGCAUAGAACUGGUUGUCUUGUUGGUUGCUUCAGAAAGGUGCAGAAUUGGUGUUUGUCUUCCGUGUUUGAGGAGUAUCAGCGGUUUGCUGGUGUUAAAUCCAGGGCAACGGAUUUAACAUUUAUAGAGAUGUUUGACAUUAUAAGUCUUAGGCAGUGCCUCUACAGCAUCAUCUACCAGUACCAAGGUGCUUCAAGGAAGCGCAGAUUGCUGUAUCAAGAUGAGAAUUUACAAAAACCCCGUCUGACAUCGUUUUAGAUGCACGGAGAUUCAACUCCAUUAUUUGAUUUAGUAGAAUUCAUACUUCAAACUAGUUUCUUAGAUUCAUGGAUCAUUAUAUCCUGAGGAUUUUCAAAGAUCUUUGGCACACAUAUUAUUUGUCUUGCGUCUUUGGUUUCCAAAUUUGAUUGUUUUAGACACCACGCAGAUACAGUGGUGCAAACAAUGCUUUUUUUUCUUUUGUUGAUCGGCUAUAUGACCUAUGAGAUUAAUUGUAGGCUUCCAAGCCAUAUAUCUUAAAGCAAAUUAAUAGCUUUUAUUUUUCUUACCGAUAA